AGGUCCUGCAAUUUUUUUAAUAGCUCUCCAAGUCAAUGCAUUUCAUUUGGACAGAUGGGAAUAUGGUAUGUAUUCACUUAUAGGUCCUUCAGAAGUUUGUAACUUCUCAAAUGCCGUAGGCCUUUUCUAUGCAGCUUUGCAGGGGGGCCCCCAGCUGCUGGUCUCCUAAGCGACCCAUGCUUGAUGGUCCAUCUCUACUCAGAUGAACAGAGUGAAGGCAUGAAAGAGAAUCGAGAGCAGGAAUUAUCUGAUGGAGAUAGUGUUACAUGAAGUGAUGACACCUUUGUGCUUCUGUCUCUCAAACGCAUGUGUAUAUUUAAUGGCUUUGGUGGCCCCUGAUUGAGUCAACCAGGUUAAAUGAAGAUUACUCCAAAAAGUGUUCAGUUUUCCACUUGGGCGGCUUUAGUUAGAUCUUUGGACGGUGGAGAACUUGACUGGACUUGUCCAGUCCAAGAGAGGUCAGAAGGCAAGAGGACAUCUGAUAUUGUUCAGCUAGGAAGAUGAAGAAGUUCUACUAACCAUCACCUCAGCUUUGAACGUGGAUGUUUUGAAGAUCUAGACCUACUUGAGUUUUUGCAAGUAGCUGCUUGCGUUUUUAAAUUGCCUGGAAAAACUGAUGCUGGCGUGAACGUUAAUUCCUUAAUAAUUGCUUGUCCUUGAGCUCUGUUUACUCGAAUUCUCUGGAAAAGUUGGCAUAGAGAUUUGAUAGUAAGUAGGCCUAUGCCCAAUUUUGCAGGAAAUGGACAACUUAGAUUUGUAGAAGGGUUAAACCUUCAGUCUUGAUUAUGAGUGAUCCGGAGAGGAAGCGUCCGGUCAUUGCUGGCAGAGAAAAAGGGCCAGGACCCGGUCGAUACAUCCUUCCACCGGCUAUCGGCUUUGUAGGCCACGAUUUCACCAAGUCAACAAGUCCUGCCUACUCCUUCCAUGGCAGGAUGAGCAACAACAUGCAUAGAAUUGACUGCAGUCCAGGGCCUAAAUACCAUAUCGAUGCCAAACUGACUCGCUUUGGGAGAGACGGCACCCCUGCCUUUUCCAUACAUGGCAGGACGGAAACUCGAGCAGCAAUCUACUCCACCCCUGGACCAGGAGCAUACAAUCCUGAGAAAGCCUCUCUGUGCAGCGUCCAUCGCAAUCCACCGUCCCACACCAUGGGUUAUCGAACACAGUAUCGCUCCGUGGACACCGUACCUGCCCCAAACAAAUACACGCUCCCUUCUCUCAUGGGCUCCGGCGUGUUGACCAAGGCAUCCAGUGCCAGUUACACCAUCUCUGGGAGAUGCAAAGCUGGGGGUCCGUCUGAGGACUUAUCUAAAACUCCAGGUCCUUGUAGAUACAACCGCACAGAUCCCAGUGUCUACCUCCCGAGGCAGCCGGCGUUCUCUAUUCUGGGGAGACAUGCUGCUGCGAGGGCGUCCACAGCGGAGCCUGGUCCUGGAAGUCAUAACCCAGAGAAAGUGACCGUGCACAAGCCCAGACCUCCUGCGUUCUCUUUAGGGAUCAGGCACUCCGAGUUUGUGACCCCUUUAAUAGUAGAUUAGUAGCAUCUUGAAGGCUACAUAUAGUUAUUUUUCUGUUCGGUUUGAAAUAUUUCAUUGCAUGUUUAAAAAGGUUUGCCAUUACUCGUCUCAUAUAGUGAACUAUGAUCAUGCUUACAAAGAACGAUUUCUAGUCUUUUGGAUAUUGCAGAAGUGAGCAUAAUUUAAAGAUUUAAAAAAAUUGACAUUGACUUUUUACAAAUGACAAAAUCAGAAAAAGUUUUAGAUGGCUCAAAUGAAACAAAACCAUUAAAAAAUAAUAAUACAAUAACCGAAAAAAGGUUUUAAGUUUUCAGUUUAGUUGAACCUUAUUUAUUUAUCAAAUAAAUAGGUAACACUUCAGAAUAAUGGUCCAUUAGUUAAUGUUAGUUAACUACUUUAGUUAACAUUAUCUGAGCAAGAACAAUAUUUCUACAGCAUUUAUUAAUCUUAGUUAAUGUUAAUUUCAACAUUUACCAAUGCAUUAUUCAAAUCAAAAUUUGUGCUUGUUAACAUUAGUUAAUGCACUGUGAAUAAGCACGAACUAACAAUGAAUAACUGUAUUUUCAUUAACAUUAACAAAGAUGAAUAAAUACAGUAAUAAAUGGACUGUUCAUUGUUUGUUCAUGUUAAUUAAUGAAUUUGUUUAAUAUUAACUAAUGGACCAUUAUUCUA